ACGAGGCAGAGAGAGAGGGAGACGGCAUCCGAUGUGUCUUUUUCUGCACAUCACUUUGGAAAUUUGUAGUCCUGCUUGAAGCGGUGCUCACCUGCCGGGGCUGCGUGGCCGUGAGCCGCUGAGCAACUGAUUUCACAGGAUAAUCAGACUAAUUGCCUGCUCUGAUAUUGCCCUUCAUUGAUUCUGUCGACCAUUCCCCUAAUCACUGUCAUGAUUUUCUUCAUUUUCUCCUCUCCUGCUGUUUCAAAGUGACCGGCUGCAGGUGUUUUUGUGCUCCGAUUUGCGCCAGUCAAGCCUGGCAAUAUGUAAUUUUGGGAUAGACGCUGCGUUUUUUCUGGAGAAGUGGACUAUUUCACAUCUGGGAUUCCUUUGUUUCUGUUUUUUUUUAAAACGUUACUGCUUUACUCUGUAGACCUGAACAGAUUCUGAUACAGCGUGAUGGUGUGGGGCUAUCGGAACUGACAGCAGAGUGUACGCUAUCAUUUGGAAACUGCUUGUGGGACUGGUAAAAAAUGAAAGCUCCCAUUCCUCUUCUGAUCCUCCUUCAUGCCGUUGUGGUCCAUUGCCUGAAAGUUGUGUCGAAAAGAGGCUCAGUGGAAGGCUGCAUGGAUUGGUCAGUGGACUACCUGAAGUAUAAGGUGCUUCUGGGAGAACCUGUACGGAUUAAGUGCGCUUUAUUCUAUGGAUAUAUCCGGGCCAACUACACCCACGCGCAGAGCGCAGGACUUAGCCUUAUGUGGUACAAAAGUGCAGGACACGGUGACUUCGAAGAACCCAUCAGUUUUGACGGCACAAGGAUGAGCAAGGAAGAGGAUGCCAUAUGGUUUCGACCAGCGGAGUUGGACGAUGUGGGGUACUAUUCCUGCGUACUGAGGAACUCCACAUACUGCAUGAAGGUGUCCAUGUCUCUCACAGUGGCGGAGAAUGACACAGACCUCUGCUACAACUCCAAAAUGAGGUUCUUUGAGAAGGCAGAACUAAGCAAAAGCAAAAACAUCACCUGCCCGGGCAUUGAGGAUUAUCUACAGCCUGGAGUGGAGCCUGAGAUUGUGUGGUACAAGGAGUGCAGGCCAAAGCAGUGGAGACAAACCAUAGAGAGGAGGAGGGACACUCUGUCCAUCAAGGAAGUACGGGAAGAUGACAUUGGGAAUUACACCUGCGAAUUACAGUUUGGGAACUUUGUGGUGCGGAGGACGACUGAGCUAUCCGUCACAGCUCCCCUGACAGACAAGCCGCCAAAAAUCCUUUCCCCUUCGGAGAGCCAAAUGAGCAUCAUAGAGAUGGCAAUAGGAAGUCCCGUCAACCUGACGUGCAGAGCAUUCUUUGGCUACAGCGGAGACGUCAGUCCACUCAUCUACUGGAUGAAGGGGGAGAAGUUCAUUGAGGAUCUGGACGAGGAGCGAGUCCAGGAAAGCGACAUCAAGACAAUCCGGGAGCACCUGGGGGAGCAGGAGGUCUCCAUCUCUCUGACCAUCGACUCUCUGGAGGAGAGCGACCUGGGCAACUACUCGUGCUACGUGGAGAACGGCAACGGGCGGCGACAGGCCAACAUCCAGCUCACAAAGAAAGCAGAGCUGAUGUACACGGUGGAGCUGGCUGGAGGUCUGGGAGCCAUCCUGAUGCUGCUGAUCUGUCUGGUGACGCUGUACAAGUGCUACAGGAUCGAGCUCAUGCUCUUCUACAGGAACCACUUUGGCAGCGAGGAUAUAGAUGGAGAUAACAAGGACUACGAUGCUUACCUAUCCUACACCAAAGUGGACCCGGACCAGUGGAGCCAGGAGACCCGCGAGGAGGAGCGCUUUGCCCUGGAGAUCCUCCCCGACGUGCUGGAGAAGCAUUAUGGGUAUAAACUCUUCAUUCCAGACAGGGACUUGAUCCCCACAGGAAGUUUCACCAAUGAUCAUUUCCAGGAUGACACAAGACUACUUAGAGCCUACAUCGAGGACGUAGCACGCUGCGUGGACCAGAGCAAGCGCCUCAUCAUUGUCAUGACGCCCAGCUACGUGGUGCGGAGGGGGUGGAGUAUCUUUGAGCUGGAGACGAGGCUGCGCAACAUGCUGGUGACCGGCGAGAUCAAGGUCAUCCUGAUCGAGUGCGCCGAGCUGCGCGGCAUCAUGAACUACCAGGAAGUGGAGGCCCUCAAACACACCAUCAAGAUGCUGACAGUCAUCAAGUGGCGCGGGCCGUCCAGCAACAAGCUCAACUCCAAGUUCUGGAAGCAGCUGCUCUACGAGAUGCCCUUCAAGCGCAUGGAGCCUCUGAGCAUCUCCCACGAGCAGGUGCUGGACGUCAGCGAGCAGGGCCCCUUCGGUGAGCUCCAGACCGUCUCGGCCAUCUCCAUGGCGGCGGCCACCUCCACCGCCAUGGCGACGGCACACCCGGACUUGCGCUCCACCUUCCACAACUCUUGCCACACCCAGAUGAGGCAGAAACACUAUUACCGUAGCUACGACUACGACCUGCCGCCCGGCGGCACGCUCCCACCACUCUCCACGCUAGGCAACCAGCACACCUACUGCAACAUCCCCAUGACGCUCAUCAACGGACAGCGGCCGCAGUCCAAGUCGCCGCGCCAGCAGAGUCUGGAGGAGGCCCACGGCAACAAUGCCAUGCUGCCGCUGCUGCCCAGAGAGACCAGUAUAUCCAGCGUCAUCUGGUGACAGAGACGGUGCCAGGUGGGGUAGACUGUGGAUCUUUAUGAUGUCCGUCACAGGGAGGACUCACCACUGGCGCUUGGACCCUGAAUGCACCGGAGCCAGAUGGACCUGAAUGGCACUAAGCUACUUGCUGCUGUUGAAUUUGCACCAGGAAACAUCAGGGGGACGGGGAGGGAGGACACACUGGACACGUUGGGGAUGGAGGUGGUGGCAGAUUUUUGUUUUUGUUUUGGUCCAAUAAGAGCUUUUAUUGAAACUGAACAACAAAAAAAGAAGCAAGGAGAACUCUUUUGUAUGCCUGUAUAAACACUCACGUAACACAAGCCAACACCUAUGAUCAUUUACCCAGAGAGUCAAGGAAUACAGGGUCCUGUACAUACGUUUUCUAAUUCUUUGUAGCAUCAGUGUUUGGGACUUGUUUCUUCUUAUGUUUUCUCAUCAGUUGGGACUCUUUUUUUUUUUUUUCGUUUUGUUUUGUUUCAGUUUGUACAAAAGUGAAGCAAUGGCCUGUGAGAUGUUUUGGAUAAACCGUUGUUACCUUUAUCUUAAUUUGUUGGCUGGUGUAGUUUAUAAAGCUUUGGGAUUAUUUCGGGGAGGGGGGGUAAAAGUCGCGGCCUUCGGGAGAUGAGAACGACGUGGUUUGGAUUUGGAGUUUGAGCUCUGCCGGCUGCUGUAAAGGGUUGAGAAUCCGGACUCAACCAGAAUAUGCAAAAUCUUGGGUUAUGGGUGUCACAAACCGAACGCUUUUGGGAACAGUCAUAUCUGUGAAGGAGGAUAUGAAGAAUAUUGGUGCUAGGCUUCACAUCUCUCUGUUUCUCUCACGAUAACAUUUACUUUGAAAAAAAACAAAAAAACAGCCUUGCUAUUUACCUUAACAGAUGAUUAUAUCACCGAAAAUUAAUUAUGUGUAUUAUUUUAUGAAAAAAGAAAAAUCUAUUUUUGUAACUGAGGGAUAUUUGCUUAGAGAGGUUAUACCUAUGAAGUUUCUGAGAGGAGGAAUCGGGGAAAAAAAAGAACAAUGUUUUGUUAUGUGGAACUGCACAGCUCACGAAAAUCGAUAGGUCAUUCACUAAAUGUCUUACCCUUAUAUUGCAAGAGAAAAAAGUUGUUUUCAUCAUUAAAAAGAAGAGUUUUGACAUUUCAAACGGACCACGGAUUGCAGCUCAGCAGGCCUUUUAUGUUCGUUGAUUUCACAGGCGUUGCAGCGAUUCAGUGUUGAUUUAAGGACGGAGCUAUCGAUGAUGUCAGUGCAGAUGGAGGAGAGGGAAGCCAUGACAUCCUGUGUCACCCGAAGCAUUUACUCUACCUGGUUUCCUGUGAAGGACCAAACAAGGCUGUCCAGGGCUAAACAAGUAUCUCUGUUACUCAUUUCCUCUUAAAUGACAGCUCUGUUAUUUGUUUGCCAUUCCCCCUGUCAGCGGAGUCAGAUAAAUAAAGUAGGGCUUUCACGUCUUUGUUCUGAACACUCGGAGUCUGCCUGGGACAAAGGAACAUAACGACAAAGAGUUUCACUCCAAAACCAGACAACUGAUGAUAAAAUUGUUUAGAUAUUAAUAAAAAGUAACAUUUUAUAGGAUGUAAUCAGUUAUAUUUUUGACCUACUGACCAGUAAUCAUCACGGGGUGUGCUCUCCUCAAUAGCUUUUUAGAACGAAACCCUUCCAAAUAAGAUGUAAUAACCACUAAAGAGAGGCAAGAAUGUAUUUAAAGAUGCAAAUUAAAUCCUGGGGUAUAUCCAUACAGAUGCUAUUUAGAGCAAGUUAGACCAAAGCGAGCGACAGUGAAGCAUUCUCACUCACGAAAUAGUCCUUUUACGACUUCAUCAAACCCCACGAAUCAAGAGCUACUCUCACGUGUGAUGGCGGCCCGUGUACUUACCCCUCCUGCAGCUGUGCCAUAUUAUGUUUUUCAAGGAACUAACCUCAUACUAAAACACCUACAGCAUCUCAUAACGUCGAGGUGUUUCAUUUAGUGCCAUAAAAUAUGCAAAGUGAUGAACUCGUAAACAAUAAAAUAUGUUUUUCCCCGCCCCUUUAUCUUCUUGCAGUCUUCAGUUUUUGAUUUUACUUUUGCAGGAUAUUUCAGAACAGGCCUGUUUAUGUUCAAGUUUCAAAGUGUUUGCCGAUAAAUUUGCAUUUUGCAGGAACUGUCCGUCAUUUGAGAUCUUUCGAUUCGAGCCAGGCCUGUUUUUUUUUUUUUUUUUUUUUUUUUUUUAAUCCGCCUCAAUCAGAUGUUUCCCCUCCCCCCAUAUGAAAAGUAAGACAUGGAUUACACUCAAGAGCACCAUCCCAGAACAGAGGAGUCGUGCUCUGUGACGUGGCGUUGUGUAAAUAUAAUCAAGACAAUAACGUGAUUAAGAUGAAGACAAUCGAGCCAUAUCCAUGAAACCAAUGGUCAUUAUUCACCAGGCCUCUCAAAGCAGAAGCCUUUACCGGAGGUUAACGCGUAGAAUCGAUGAGGUUGUGACAGGAGUUUGGCGCUCCUGCUUUGGGAAGCCGUGCGAAUACAAACAUUUUCAAAGUGGGGCCGAUAACACAUUUUUGUUUCAUGAUGAAUUUCUCUGGCGACGUGAUGAAGAUGACGAUGAAUAACAAUGACAAUAUAUAGCACAGAAUUAUUCCAGGCACUUUCACGACUCUUGAGACGACGUCUCUCCUGUUUCUGAUUUAUUUUCUAUUAUGUAUCUGCAAUGUUCAUUAAAAGAGAUACUGUUAUUAUUAA